AUCCUACAUUUACCCCGACCUACUGCCUCAAUAAGCCAUAUCCGGUCUAACACGACAGAGGGAAACAUAGGUCCGGUAGUGCAUAUAAAAUCAUAUACAUUUUGUAAUACAAGGUCGUGAAGAGAGAACGUGAAUAAUUUAUAGUUGAAUUAUUCGAAUUACAAAUAACGAUAUUUUGAGGAUAUUUCAAGUUGCGGAAUAUUUUUAUAUUGAUAUUUCGAAGGACAUUGCUUAUUUUGAAAAGGAUGGAUAUUGCCUGCCUUAUAAUGCGAAUGAAUGGAAAGCAGUUUUAAAUACUAAUUCGUGGAGUUUUCAACGAAUGAGAUAUACAUCAAUGAUCUACCAAUGGAUACAGAAACGUGAGAGUCCCUGAUUCAUGAGCCUAUGUACUUGCAUCAUCAUGAUGGAUUCAGAAUUUCCCAUUUAUGCCCUGGUGCUAGCCGGCUUGGUCAUCGUUAUUGUAAUGUUUAGUGCCAUACUUGGAAAUGCUUUCGUCAUUCUAGCCUUCAUUAGGGACGAGAAGCUGCACACAGUAUACAAUAUUUAUCUUGUUAAUCUAGCCUUGACCGAUUUACUACUUGGUUGUAUCAGUAUGCCUUUAUUCGCAGUAUACACAUUGAAUUCGUACAGAUGGAUUAUGCAUCAAUAUGUGUGCACGCUAUUUAUGACAAUAAAUGAAAUUCUCUGUUGUGAGGUUGUCAUUAUGAUGGUAAUUUUAAGCUGGGAUCGUCUCAAACUCCUGACUCAAAAGUUAGAAUAUAUGCAACAACAGACAAUUCGCAGAGCUACAAUAAAGGUUAUAGUCUCAUGGAUUAUAGCAUUCCUCGUUCAUGGACCUGUACAUUUUGUGUUUCAUUCACCAAAACACGAACACAACAACUUGAAAUGCAGUGCUGUAUACCAUGAACAUAAAAUGUACAGUUCAAUACUGACUGUAUUACAAUUCACUAUUCCUUUCAUUUGUCUUUGUGUUAUCAACUAUUUGAUUUUCAAAAAAGUAAGAACUCGAAUCAAGAGACGAGAAGCUGCUCGGAAUAGAAUGAAUGGUUAUCAUGGAGUUGCCUCUACAAACAAUCUGAAUGCUCUCACAGCAGUUGUGGAUGAAUUGACAAACACAAGAAGCCUCACGAAAGCAUCUGGAGUAAAACGAGCAUUAAGGACUGCUAAAAACCUUGCGUUGCUUGUUUUCAUUUUCUUCAUUACAUGGGCACCAUACUCUAUCACGUACUUUGUCGAUACCGUUUGUACGACAUGCGUGAAUGAACAUGUAACCACGGUAAUGCUGUGGGUUCUAUGGUCUAAAUCAGCUAUGAAUCCAUUUCUUUAUAAUUACAUGUCGCCAGGAUUUAAAGAAAACUUCAAAGCAAUGAUAAAGUGCCAGUGCAAAAGACAACAAUAAAUCAAUUGUAUUUUGUUUUGAUAAUGAUCAAUCAACUUCUUACAUACAUAUAUAGUUUUAAUCGAAUAGACUCGCUUAGAUCCAAGAAGAGGAUGUAUCAUGAGAAACAGAACGUUUAUGUUCAUUACCAGUGUAAAAUGUGUGAAUACGAAAUACCUUUUUCAAGAAGGCCUUGCCUUCACUCGAUUGAUUUCAUUGUUACAUCCGGUAUAGCAUGCAAGAAAAAUAUCUUGAAGCAUCAAUAUCUUAAACAUAUCCGGAUAUAAGUUACUUAAAACAAACACGCAAAUAGCAGAAACGAUUUAUCAUUUCUUCUGCUUGGUUUUGUUCAUCAUGGCAAAGCUACACAAUUAAAAUCGUUCGCAGAAAAAAUGGGUUUUUUUUCAUUAUUUGUAUUUUGUCUUCAUUCUUAUGCUUAUUUAUUAAAACUUCGCCUCUUAUUGUAGAUUCCAAAAAUCUUUAAUAUUUGAAUAGAAUGCGGGUGUGGUGUGUUUUGUUGUGUUGUUUGUACUUGAUCGGUUUGAAAUAAAUAUUUUCGAUUGUGAAUUUA